AUGAACACUGAAAUAAAUUUUAUUUAGUGGAAGUAACUUUCUUCUGAAUAAAAUAUUUGCUGAGUUGGCUCUUGCGUAGAACGUCGUAGAAUGUACUGACUACUGACAUUCAGUCUGUCGUAACGUGGCGGCGCUGCGCUCGUGUGCCGCAGGAGUGGCCUGCUGUCAGUAAUCAGUUUAAGUAGUUUUCUGUGAUAAGAAAUACUGUGAAAUUAUAGUUUAGUUAAAUAAUUAAAUAAAAUAUAUCACGAUGUCGACGUCUGGUGAAUUCGGUAACCCUUUACGCAAGUUUAAAUUGGUCUUUCUUGGUGAACAGAGUGUGGGAAAAACAUCUUUGAUCACAAGGUUCAUGUAUGAUAGUUUUGACAACACAUACCAGGCAACAAUUGGGAUAGACUUCCUAUCAAAAACAAUGUAUUUGGAGGAUCGCACAGUUCGCCUGCAAUUAUGGGAUACAGCAGGACAAGAGAGAUUCCGUUCACUCAUUCCUUCAUAUAUAAGAGAUUCGACUGUGGCUGUUGUUGUUUAUGAUAUUACAAAUGCAAAUUCAUUCCAUCAAACAUCAAAAUGGAUAGAUGACGUGCGCACAGAGCGUGGCUCCGACGUGAUUAUAAUGCUGGUGGGGAACAAGACUGAUCUGUCCGAUAAAAGACAGGUCUCCACUGAGGAAGGAGACAGGAAGGCGAAGGAACUCAACGUUAUGUUCAUAGAGACCAGUGCUAAGGCUGGGUAUAAUGUUAAACAGUUGUUCCGACGUGUUGCGGCUGCCCUUCCCGGCAUGGAUUCUGCUGAGAGCAAGCCACCCGAAGACACUGUGGACCUGCAGACCCAGUCCCCAAUGGGCUCCGAACAAGAGGGCAACGAGAGUGGGUGCGUUUGUUGAACGGCUUAAAGCCUCUGUGCCUACUUUGUAUCUUUUUAUGUGCCCCGCUUAGAUGUGAUCCAAUUUGUGUCGAGCGCACAAUUUUGCGUGUACUACGAAUAGUCUAAGCAAUCAUUUCAUUUACGUUUUCCACAUUAGAACAGUAUCUUUAGCAAAAGCUUCUCCGUGGCUUAGCACAAAUUUAGCUUACGUCCAUACAAUGUCAGUAUGUAACAACUCGAACGAUGUUUCGCGUGCUAAAUACGAUACCAGUACGCAUUUUCUGAAGAAAAAAAAACUUUGAAUGUACAUUUACUACUCGAUUGGACUUAUGUAUAGUUAGUGCUAAGGGUGCAGAUUUAUCAGUGUUGAACCGGCUUACGAACCGUUUUCAUAAAGUACGAGACGUAAAUGAAUUUGAAAGUGUCAAACAUCGUUUUUAUUUACAUUUAAAUGAUUAAAUAUGUUCUUCGGUGGAAUACGUAAAAACCUUGCUAAAUAGAGUUUUUCUUGUGUAAAAAGAAUGCCAUCUUAAACUAAAGGCUUCCGAAUGAAUUGAAAAGCUCUAUUUAGAUAAAAUAGUUUAAUGUGCCUAAAUUUGUCAAUGCGUUCGUUCGUUCGUCACAGACUCAAGCUGUUCUAGGAUUUGUUUUUAUUACCAAUUGGCUGUAAUUGUAUAAUUACAAUUUUAAUACGUGAAAAUUUCAAGCUUAUGUUAUAAUGUCGGGCGGACUAAGGCUCUGUUGUGAUAGAAUGAAUUUAUGUAUUGGAUUGAUGACUGAUAUGCAUAGGAUUUUGUUUUAAAUAAACUGGCCCUUGACGGCUCUAUAAGGAUUUUAUUAAUUGAAACGGGAAAAUGACAGUCUGUGUCAAAUUUUUGUAUGAAAUGUAAAAAAAUAAUUUAAUGUGCUGUGCUUUAUGAUUUAAUAAAAAUUGUCAAGAAUGGAUUUCAAGGCUCAAACAACUCUUGAUAUUGUCAUUUUCAUCGAUUAAACAAUUGAUAUCUAUUGUUUCUGUCAGUCUUCAUGGCUUAAUUAGUAUUGUUGAAAAAAAAUGGCGGAUCACAAAGGCACACUGGAAACAUUUAUUCUUACUUUAGCCAUAGGAGAGAGAGAUUCAGCUAUUCCUCCAUUACCAAAUUCCAAUGACAGUGCGCCGAUUUACAGCGCCCUCUAGAGACAUAUCGAUUUGAAGGGAAAAGGUUCAGGCAUUGAGUCUCAAUGGAUUUGUCGGACCUUAAACAACUUAAUAGCCAAAUGGGUCUGGUUUCCGACUUAAUAUGACUGUACUGCGAUAGUUCUUAUGAGACGUAGAAUAAUUGGUCCGCCUGACCAUCGCAAACUGUGCGUAAUUGAUUUACUUCAACGAUCUCUCUCUUAUCUUAUAUUAUGUAGAUUAAUAGGCAUUUUCUUCUAUUAGAUUAAUAUUUAAGCACAACUAGUGGAUUUAUUUAUUUAGGAACCUGUUAAGUAGCGAUUUUCGACUUCUAUUUAGCUCUCACUGCCGAUAAAAAUUUGGAAUUCAUGUUAUUCGACCUAAACGCAGACUACGCCUAUGUCUAGUUAAAAAGACAUUUCGUUACCAUGGCAAACGUGUGCUACAUGUUACAUAUUUUGAAACAGCUUCCAGUUAUCGGGCUUAUAAUAAUAAAGAUUCCCGCAUACCAAGAUGCAAUAAUUUGAUAUACGGAAUUCACAUAUUCAACGAGAUGGAAAGCGGAUACCUGCUAGAAGUGAAUGAGACUGUUAAUAUCAGAACAGACCGAUCCGAACAAUCUCUCCUUCCCUAUCUGUGAAGCGUAUGAGGGUAAUACUAUCAAAAACGUAUUUAGAGAAGUAUAUGUUUGUUGCCAUGGUUACGAUGGCUUUGUUCUAUAAAUCGUACGUGACGUAAAAAUAUCGUACGCUGUAAGUUUAUACUUUACGUUAGAAUUUAAGUCUUAUGGUAAAUGGAUUGGAAAUUGAUACAACGUUUUCUUUUCAACUAUGGCUAUAAAACUUAAUUUUUUUAUUAAUUAAUUUCCAUAAAUUAGGAUCGGUACGAAGAUCUAUUUAAUGGACUGGAUGACUCGUCUGCGUUUAUGGUUUUAGUAUAAUAGUAUCGAUACGUUUUAUAGUGUUUUGUAAGCAAUUGUUAGUGUAACGUUUUGUACGAAACGUGCUUAGCUUUCAUCAAUAGAUAUUGUUGUUUUCGUAAUUAUUCAAUACUAGCAUAAUGUUCUGGAUAAUAAAUGCAUUUUAAAUA